UAGUGAGCCAUAGCAGUUGCACUGAAGUUCCUAACACAAGGGAACUACAUAGACAGUUGCUUUAGUGCUGAAUAUGGACCAUAUAUAUUCUAGGAUAGGUGAAAUGUCAACAAAAGUACCAAAUAUUAAACUGAAAAUUGAUCCUCGGGAUCUGCAGAUCCAGACGUUUACAGUGGAGAAAUUAUUGGAACCAUUGAUAAUUCAGGUUACAACACUAGUGAACUGUCCACAAAAUCCUUCUAGUAAGAAAAAGGGCCGUUCCAAAAGAGCUCGUGUCUUGCUAGCUUCUGUGGAAGAAGCCACUUGGAAUCUGUUGGACAAGGGGGAAAAAAUUGCCAAGGAAGCAGUUGUGUUUAAAGAGGAACUUCAUGCAGCACUUGCUGAUGUGCAGAAAGAGAGUCAAGCCUUAAAGAUAUCAGCAGAGGCAUUUACCAGUGAUCCCUGCUAUCUGCCUAAGAGGCAGGCUGUUGUCCAAGCAGCGCGAUCUCUGCUUACAGCUGUCACAAGGCUCCUAAUUCUGGCGGACAUGGUUGAUGUGGCGUACUUACUGGAACAUUUAACUCUGUUUCAAAGAACAUUCGAAUCUUUAAGAAAUGUAUCCAGUAAAUCUGAUCUACAGAAAACCUACCAGAAGUUUCAAAAAGAUCUGGAAAAUCUUGAUUAUUUGGCAUACAAACGUCAGCAGGAUUUGAAAUCUAGCAAUCAGCGAGAUGAAAUUGCUGCAGCACGUGCAUCCCUGAAGGAAAAUUCCCCUCUCCUACAUUCAAUAUGUUCAGCUUGUUUGGAACAUUCAGAUGUUGCAUCCCUUACAGCCAGCAAGGAUUCAAUUUGCAAUGAAAUACAGAAUGCUCUCAAUGUAAUUUCUAAUGCUUCCCAAGGAGUUGAAAAUAAAAUAGGACAACCUACAUCUCACACAGCUACUCUUGGAAGUGCACUUGAUGAGCUUGAGAAUUUAAUUAUCCUGGAUCCUCAUGUAGUGAAUGAAGAGAAAAUAAGGCCAUCACUAGAGAAACGUCUGGAAGCUAUUAUCAGUGGAGCGGCUUUGCUAGCUGAUUCUUCCUGCACACGUGAUUUUCAUCGAGAACGCAUCAUUGCUGAAUGCAAUGCUAUUCGCCAAGCUCUCCAAGACCUGCUUUCUGAAUACAUAAACAAUACUGACAAGAAAGAGAGAAGUAAUGCCUUGAAUGUUGCAAUAGAUAGUAUGUGCAAGAAGACAAGAGACCUCCGGAGACAGCUCCGUAAAGCCAUUAUAGAUCACAUCUCAGACUCCUUCUUAGAUACCACUGUUCCACUUCUAGUUCUCAUUGAAGCUGCUAAAAAUGGAAGAGAUAAAGAAAUAAAGGAAUAUGCUGCUAUAUUUCGAGAACAUACCAGAAGACUUGUGGAGGUUGCUAAUCUUGCUUGUUCCUUGUCAACAAAUGAAGAUGGAAUGAAAAUUGUCCAAAUGGCAGCUAUUCACAUAGAGACUUUGUGCCCACAGGUUAUUAAUGCUGCUUUAGCUCUUGCUGCCAGACCAAAAAGUCAGGUUGUGAAAAACAACAUGGAGAUGUAUCGGAGUACGUGGGAGAAUCACGUCCAUAUUCUUACUGAAGCUGUGGAUGAUAUAACAAGUAUUGAUGAUUUUCUUGCUGUAUCAGAAAGCCAUAUUCUUGAGGAUGUAAACAAGUGUAUCAUUGCACUGAGAGAGCAGAAUGUGGACAAUUUAGAUCGUGCAGCUGGUGCAAUCCGAGGACGUGCUUCAAGAGUAGCUCAUAUUGUUUCGGGUGAGAUGGACAAUUAUGAACCAGGGGCUUACACUGAAGGAGUGAUGACGAAUGUUCAGUAUUUGACCAAGAAUGUGAUUCCAGAGUUUAUCAGUCAAGUAAAUAUUGCAUUGGAGGGCUUAACCAAGAACACAGUGCAUCUGUUUGAUGAUAACCAGUUUGUGGACAUUUCUAAGAAGGUGUAUGAUACAAUUCAUAACAUCAGAUGCUCAGUCAUGAUGAUUCGGACACCUGAAGAGCUAGAAGAUGUGUCUGACCUUGAAGAAGACCAUGAUGCACGUAGUCGUACAAGCAUUCAGACCGAAGGGAAAACUGACAGGGCCAAGAUGACUCAACUGCCAGAGGCUGAAAAGGAAAAGAUUGCUGAGCAAGUGGCUGACUUCAAAAAAGUCAAGAGUAAGCUUGAUGCAGAGAUUGAAAUAUGGGAUGAUACUAGCAACGACAUCAUUGUUUUGGCCAAGAGGAUGUGUGUAAUUAUGAUGGAGAUGACUGACUUCACAAGGGGUAGAGGGCCACUGAAGAACACCUCCGAUGUCAUUAACGCAGCAAAAAUGAUUUCUGAGUCGGGAUCAAGGAUGGAUGCCCUGGCACGGCUGAUUGCCAAUCAGUGUCCAGACCAGUCGUGCAAACAGGAUUUGUUGGCUUACCUUGAACAGAUCAAGCUCUACUCCCAUCAGCUCAAAAUCUGCAGUCAAGUUAAAGCAGAGAUCCAGAACCUGGGUGGAGAGCUCAUCAUGUCUGCUUUGGAUAGCGUCACUUCCCUAAUACAGGCUGCCAAAAAUUUAAUGAAUGCCGUGGUGCAGACAGUGAAGAUGUCCUACAUUGCAUCCACAAAGAUUAUCAAGAUUCAGAGUCCUACUGGCCCACGGCAUCCUGUGGUGAUGUGGAGAAUGAAAGCUCCAGAGAAGAAGCCGCUAAUUAAAAGGGAGAAGCCAGAAGAAAUCUAUGCAGCCGUCAGAAAAGGUUCUGCAAAGAAGAGAAUCCAUCCUGUUCAAGUCAUGAGUGAAUUUAGAGGCAGAGAAAUAGUCUAAUAUUCUGCAGCUUUUCGACUUCCUAUUUUGUCUGUUGAUUUUUCAUCCUUUUCUGCCCUUAUGUAAUAACUAUAUGUUAAAUGUUUUGCUUUUCUCUAAAUCUGUAAAAUAACGCUUGCUUAAAUUAUUUGCAAGUGCCAUUGGAUUAAUUAGAAGCACAGAGUCAAAAAAAAAAAAAAAAAAAAAAAAAAAAGCCUACCCAUUCUCUUCCAGUGACAAACGACCCUGUUUUUGUACCGGCGUGAUUUCAGCAGAGCACUUGCAGUGAUGCACCGCGGGGCCGUGCCGUGGGCCCGAAGACGGAUGCGACGCGCGGACACACCAGCCUGGCCCGGGUCACGCUGCAGUCACAGGGCUCGGGGGUUCCUGCGCCAGGGACACGCGUGGCCCCCGCUCACCUGCGUGUGUUUCCUGACAUACGGCUUUUUAAACGUCACGCUGCUGGGCCACGUCCUUUACCUGCAUCACUACACCGUGAUCCAGUCAGCUGGGCUGCUUGCUGCUGGCCCAGGGUCCGGGCCCUCAACUUACAUCUGGAUUGAAAGAUCUAAAGAUCUCCCCUCAUCCAAGACCUGGCCUUGGAAAUUUACACAAAAAGCCCCAGAAAAAGCUUUUUAACACCACAUAGGUAAUAAGGUCACUAAAAUAGCACUGGCUGCAACGCAACAGUAAGACUAACUCUUCAAAAGGCCUUUUAAACAUCGACAUUGAUCGGUGUUCUGCUUCCGACUGUUUUCUGUGAGCCCUAGUAAAUCUGCUGUUACAGUCAGAACUUCAGAUAAAUCAGGUAUUAACAAUGUCUAAUCACUGCACAAAAGAAGACAUAUGAAAUAAAUCAUUAUUCUGAGAUCAGCAUGUGAAAUAAAGAGAAACAUAUCUCGAGUCAUACAAACGAUCAGGUUUUUUGCAAGGUAACUAGUGAUUUUAUUUACUUUCCUUACGACAGCAGAGUCCUCAAUGCAGCACUGUGCCAGUAAGCAGCUUGCUGAAUGGCUGCACUCUAACUCAGAGCGCAGAAGGAAGAUUCAUGCUGUUAGUCUGGGGUCACUGCUAGGCUGACUGCUAGGGUGUCUCUUAAGAUCCUUAAGAGAAAGAAAAUUUUGUAAGUCUUUUUAAAUCCAAAACCUACUUGUGCUUUUUUUUUUUUUUUGGGGUGGGGGGAGGAAGAUUCUAACAUGUCUUCCCUGCCACAUCACUAAGUUUUUCCAGACUACAGUUGUUACUCAUGAUGUCCUUGCUUGGCAAUUAACUAGAUCCUUCGGUAUGUUUUUUGUCUUCGUGAAGGUGAAAGGGCUCCCUCAAACCCCAGAACUUCACGGUGCGUCACCGGCUGCUGUUGGGAGGCAGCUCCAGACUCUGGGCUGCGGCUCUGUGUCAUUUAUUACUCUGUUCUGCACAGCAGCACAACCACCUCCCCAGCGCAAUGUGGGCAGCAAAAAUAACCAUAAACUUUCUUUUUCCUCCUGGGGGCAACUCUGUCUCUAUGCUCAAGACAGUGGAGCAGUAUAAUUUCUAGGCGGCUGGUUAGGAAGCCCCGUAAAACCAGUAGGGAUCAUGAAUUAAAAAUUUUACAGUUCGCUGCUCCACCUUCCCUAACUUUACUAUUUGUUAAAUGAAACAAAAUGAGAAGUUUGGGGGGCGAAAAAAAAAACCACAUAGCACACGUUUGCUACUCAAAUUCCCUCCAGCACAUUCGCAUUGAGAUCUUAGUAACACGUCUAGGUCUUGGCGAGUCCUCUUUGGGCUACGGAGUGGGAAGCAGCUAACGCCAUGAGGAAGGGGCAGGGGUGCUACCGAACGGGGCCUCGCGCCCGAUUCCAGCAGGGCUGCCUGCAGACAGCAGAGCCUGGAAAUUCUGCACGGUGUAGAGGUCAGGAGAGGUUACCUUCUUGUCACGCCUUAAAGCCAACGGCUCCGUGUAGUAUUUCAGGUUCUGGCCCAGCCCCCCUCAGAGUAAUACACCACCACCCCCACCCCCCCCCGCAGCAGGGUUCCUGUCCAGCAGCCACCAGGUGAGUGUCAGCACUUUGCUCUGGGGGGGGUUACUCUUAAUAAAUCCUCACAUCUCUGCAUUACACCUUGGAUAUAGGUCACCUUGUCAUCCCAUGUUUGUAACUGAUGCCUUGUUAGCACAUUAUUAAUAAACAAACAGCAUAUAAAUCACUCAGAA